GAGUUGAUUAAAUUGAUUUCUUUUGUAGUUGUAGUAGAUGCGCGCGAGGGGGGUCCUAAAAUGGUAAAAAGACAUUUGUCAAAUUUGACAAUUAUCAACCAAGACAUUUGUCGAAACCCUUAA